GCCCCCCUCGUCGCUCGCGUCCGUGGCUCCCACAUCAGGUCGCGGCCCAACGUCUUGUGCUUUUUUCCCCGGAGCCUCUCGGCGCUUCCCCGCAGGCGAGCUGCGGUGCGCGGGGCCCAGACCACUGCGACGAGGCUCCCGGGACGCCAUGGCGGCGGCGGAGCCCGCGAGCUCGGGCCAACAGGACCCCACGGGGCAAGGCCACGCCGCGCAUGCGCAGUCGAUGCCAAAGACACGGCCACUGACACAGACACAGACACAGACACAGACACAGACUCAGACGGAGCAUCCACCGCCCAGCAGCCGGUAUGAGAAGAGCCUGGGUCUGCUCACCACCAAGUUCGUGUCGCUGCUGCAGGAGGCCAAGGAUGGAGUCCUGGAUCUCAAAACGGCUGCAGAUACGUUGGCUGUGAGGCAAAAAAGAAGAAUUUAUGAUAUCACCAAUGUCUUGGAAGGAAUUGACCUGAUUGAAAAGAAGUCCAAAAAUAGUAUCCAAUGGAAAGGUGUAGGUGCUGGCUGUAAUACAAAAGAAGUCAUAGAUAAAUUAAGGUAUCUUAAAACUGAAAUUGAAGAUCUAGAUCUAAAGGAAAGAGAACUUGAUCAGCAGAAAUUGUGGCUACAGCAGAGCAUCAAAAAUGUGAUGGAAGACUCCAUUAAUAAUAGAUUUUCCUAUGUAACGCAUGAAGACAUGUGUAAUUGCUUUCAUGGUGAUACACUAUUAGCCAUUCAAGCACCUACUGGAACACAGUUGGAGGUCCCUAUUCCAGAAAUGGGCCAGAAUGGACAAAAGAAAUACCAAAUCAAUCUAAAAAGUCGUUCAGGACCUAUCCAUGUGCUGCUUAUAAAUAAAGAGUCCAGUUCUUCCAAGCCUGUGGUCUUUCCUGUUCCCCCACCUGACGACCUGACGCAACCUUCCCCUCAGCCCUCAACUCCUGUGACUCCACAGAAAAACCGCAUGGCCACUCAGAAUCCUCCUGAGCAGCAUGUCUCCGAAAGAAGUCAGAAUCUGCAACAGACACCAGUCACAGACCUCUCUUCAGCAGGAUCUAUCAGUGGAGAUAUCAUCGAUGAAUUAAUGUCUUCUGAUGUGUUUCCACUCUUACGACUUUCUCCUACCCCUGCAGAUGACUACAACUUUAAUUUAGGUGAUAAUGAAGGAGUCUGUGAUCUGUUUGAUGUCCAGAUACUAAAUUAUUAGUUUAUGGAAACGUGGGACUGUUAUCUACCUCUGUGUAACAUUUUAGA